AUGGCAAUCAAGUACGGCAGCUGGCUGCCGAUCCUCGCCCUCUGCCUCGUCCUCUACGCUCGUCCCACCCACGCAUUCGGAGCUGGAAACAUUGGAUCGACCAGCAAGAUUGAAGGUCAGAAUUGGCGUCAUGGCGAUAUCGAAGACACCCUCCUCACUCUGCUCACUGCACGUGCAAUGGGCGGGGAGAAGUUCAGCAAGCUCGAUGUGAAGCGAGUUUACUUUGGCAACUGGUUGCGAGACUACAGCCAGGCAGUCGAUGUCGGAACUGUCAAGUAUGUUAGUGCUGAGGCCAUCCGUCUCUUGCUCUGGAUACUCGGUUUCAUGUCCUUUGGCUAUGGAACCGGCGAGUUCGAGGUCACCAAGGAGCGCUUGGGAGUUUACAGGCCAGAAGAGCACAUCGACAAUCCCCGCGACUAUGCGGACAACCUCGACGCGAGACAAUACGACCGCAGACUGCGUGGUCCGGUCGACGAACGACGCGAGCUGGGCAUUGACGAACAGACCGGCCUGAAGCACUACAUUGCCUCUGAGCAGCAGGGUAUCACCACUUCUGCUGGCAUGAUUCGCGGCUUGUUCAGACGCUCUAUCGAGCUCGGACGGCGCUACAAGGAGUCUCGCGACACUCGCGACUUCUACGAGGCUCUUCGUCUGCUGGGCACUGGCUGUCACUGCUUGGAAGAUUAUUCUGCCCACUCUAACUACACUGAGCUUGCCCUGAUUGAGCUUGGUGAACGCAACGUCUUCCCUCAUGUCGGUCGCGACACACAAGUCCGCCUGCAAGGUGCCCGGCAGCCAGUCUACCCUAUCGUCACCGGCACUUUCGGCGGCGUUGACUUCCUUCAUUCCGUCAUGGGUGAAUUCUCGGACAAGGCCACACAGUCGGAACUGCAAGAGCUUGAAGGCACAAUUCAGCAGUCCCAGAACGCGGACACCAGUAUGCUCAAAGACUUGCUCGACAAGCUGCCAUCGGGCAUUCUCGGAGACGACGACCACAAGAACAAGGCAGAUCAGUUGCAAGCGAAUGCUCAGGCAGCGCAAAUGGAGAACAUGCACAUCUCGCCAAAGGAUCCAGAAGAGUUCACGCAGCAGAUGGAGGAGAUCUCGAAACAGAUCUAUCCCAUCAUGGAGUUUCACGACAACCUUAUGAAAAGCAUCUCGGAAGCCAUUGACAAGAUCCCCGUUCUGCCAGACCUUAUCGAAGAGAUUCAGAACCAGGUCAGCCUGUUCGUGUUCUCCCUGCUAGCACCAUUCGUCGUUCCGAUCAUCAACCAGGUGAAGAACGAGCUUCGCACGGGAUCAUCCGAGAUCAUUCAGUCAAGCGUGGAGAAGCAGCUGAUCGUCUUCCGCGAUGAUCGCUCGAGCGACCCCACCCAUUCAAUGUUGUCAAAAGAUCACUUCUCCAACGUGCUCAACGAGCCUGCUGGAAAGAUUGCGAGCCAAGUCCUGAAGUGGGUGGUGCCACAAAUCGUCCAAGCUUGGGACAACGACGAUGUCGACAUUCGUCGUACCAACGAUCGUAUCAUCGCCGGUGUAUUCCAUCAUCCAGCUCUACGCGAGUAUGGCAACGACGGAGCUAGCGACGGCCGGCUACAGAUGUUUGGAGUUGUUGAGAAGUGGUGGGGUGAGAUGAGCGAGCGAGAGCGAGAUGACCUUCGCAACAAGCUGUCCCGCAGUGGUGUUGAACAAGGUCGCAACCACAAGCCUGGUGUGCACGACGGUGGUCACGGAUCUUGCAAGCCACUGGGUCUGCCUAACUCAGGUCAUGGCAACAGCUCGGGUGCUAUGGGCGGUGCAUUGGGUGGCCUAAAUCAAGCUCUUGGUGGUGGCAGCAGCUCCGGCGGCAGACAAGGCAAGCAAGUCCAGAGCAAGAUCAGUGACACUGUCGGCGAUGCCGUUGGUGGAGGUGCUCUUGGCUCUAUCGUCGGAGGCGUUGCAGGCGCUGUCGGUGCCGGUCUCCUCGGCGGUGCCUUUGGUGGUGACAAGAGCGAGAAGAAGACUUACAAGCACGAUGAGUACGAGCAAGACGGGUCGUACAAUACCCGCAUCACCGAGACUGGCCAUCGCCCUGGCGGCUACGGUCAGGAGGAACGCUAUGGUCAAGCUCAGAUGUCCCAAACGCAAUUCUCCUCGGGAGGCUACCAAGAGACUUACCAGCGUUACGAGCAGGACGGUCGCCAAUGCAGCACUGACUAUGGCUAUCAGCAGACGCAUGAAGUACGACCGACACAUGAUGGUGGCUACCAAGAGCGGACCGAGCGUCGCUACGAGCAUCCUGGUGGUCGUUACGAAGGUGAAGUGACGGAGCAGCGUGUCACUAGCUCAGGCAGGCAGUAUGGAGGAUCUGAGGCGUAUUCCGGACGCAAGAAGAAGGACGACUCUGACGACGACGAUGACGACGACAGCAACGAUGACGACGACUAUGAAAAGAAACAGAAGAAGCAACGCAAGAAGGAAGAAAAGCGCCGCAAGAAGGAGCGUGAGGAAGAGGAGAGACGUGGCGGCUAUGGCCGACGCAACAGUGGAAGCCGUGAGCGCCGCAAGAGCAAGAGCCGCAGCCGCGAGCGACGUGACUCCAACGAGCACAAGCGCCAGAGUGGAGGAUAUAAGCGACAGAGUGGUGGCUACCAAUCGGAGCGCCGUGAUGAGUACAGCUCGCAGUCCAGCUACAGUCGCCAAGAGCACAGCUCGGAGUCUCGCUUCGAGUCGUCAAGCUCCUACGGUGAUGGACGUCAAGAGUACGGCUCAUCCGGCCGUGGUGGGGGGCGUCAGGAGUACGACGGGAGUCAAGGGUAUGGUGGAGGUCAGCAGGAGUAUGGUGGCGGACGUCAAGAGUAUGGUGGAGGCCAGCAAGAGUAUGGUGGUGGACGACGUAACGACGAAGACGAGUAUCAACGACGUGAUGACAACAUGCCAGGUGGAUUUGGUGGAAGCAGUGGCUAUGGUGAGCAGGGCGGCUCUGGCGAUGGCUAUAGCGGAGGAGGCUACCAGGAGCGUCGCUACUAG